AUAUCAAAUACACCACUUGUUUAGCUUCAGUGUUGGAGUGGUUUCCAGCAAAGAAAAUCACAAUUAUAUCUCAAAAUCAUUAAAGUGAGAUGAUGAUUGAUUGAUUAUGUGUCCAACUUCAACUAUAAAUGCUUCAUUGUGUCAAAAGAGUUACAUUACAUCUUCAUAUAUCUUAUACCUCUUCUUUCUCUUCCCUUUUCACACACAAACACUCAUCACUCAUCUCCACAUUCAAAAAAUCUCAUGUCAACACUAAACCAUCUCUUUGAUCUUCCAGAACAAAUAUGUUAUGUACAAUGUGGAUUCUGUAACACCAUUUUAAUGGUAAGUGUUCCAUGCAACAGUUUAUCAAUGGUUGUGACAGUAAGAUGUGGUCACUGCACAAGUCUCUUAUCAGUUAAUAUGAUGAAAGCUUCUUUUGUCCCUUUUCACCUUUUAGCAUCUCUUACUCAUCUUGAGCAAAAAGAAAGUAGUAGUCCAGAUGAAGAUGCAAACAAGGGUUUGAACAAUAAUAGUUCAUCCAUGAUGACUUAUUCGGAUUGUGAGGAAGAUGAUGUAAUUCCAAUCACCAAUGUCGUCAAUAAACCACCAGAGAAGAGACAAAGAACACCAUCAGCUUAUAACCGGUUCAUCAAAGAAGAGAUUAAAAGGCUUAAGGCUCAACACCCUGACAUGGCUCACAAGGAAGCUUUUAGUACAGCUGCAAAAAAUUGGGCCAAUUGCCCCCCAAUUCAGUUUCAAGGAGAUGAAGAGAGCUGUAACCAGACAGAUCAACUAGUGGAUCUUGACUCCCAAGUGGACCCUCAUGAUGCUGAGGUGAAUGAAGAAGAACAUGGAUUCCGUGGAAGAAAGGUACCAAGAAAUUCCAUCUUGGAAAGGACACCAUUUGAGUGAAUUAAUAAUAUAUGCUGAUCAUGAGAGCAUAUAUGACAAGGAAAAAAGCUGCUAUUUUUGUGUUUAACAUUAAAGAUGCAUAUGCAUCUAAUGAAGUCAUUUUCCUUCCGAAAGAAAAAAGAAAAAGAUGCUCUUGGUAAUGAACAAUGAAUUAAGAAGUAGGUUCAAGAGAUGACAAUUUGUGACACUUUAGAAUUUCUUAAAUAAUUGACAGUUUUAUCUCACAACUUUUUUAUAUAUGUAUUCAAUUAGCAAUAUUUAUGAUGGUGAGAAUGUUUUGUUUCUCUGUUCAAUUAGUAGGCUGGUCAAAGAAAUCACUACAGUCAACAAAUAUGGAAUUUAAAUAAAAAAAAAAAAAUUUCCUAUU